CCUUCCCUGCGGGCACAGUCCAUAUAGUCAGAGUUCCUUUAAGAAGCCUCCUAGGAACUGUAUGGUUUGUGCUUCUAUAGGGCCAGAUCACUUCUGCCAUGCUACUUGCCAGAGCACAGAGGGGUUUUUGUUCUAACCCUCAGAUAGGACAUGCUUGAUUCACUGUGUGCCAUUUUCUGCUUUAGGAAGCAAAGCAAGAAGUUCGGUUGAGCUUCUCUGUAUAAUUCGUGCUAAGCCAGAAGUGGGGUUGAAGUCUGUGAAAGCAAACUCCUGGCAGAGGUGAUUGCCCAGCACCAGGCUACCAGUGUUUGCAUACCUCGCCUAUCUAGACAUAGCAAUGGAGUGAGCAUUGAGCUGCACCGCUUCCUACUAACCUGUGUCACGAUCUUAUGGUUUCUGUUCAUCUAGUUAUGGGCAGCGACAGGGCAGUAACAAAACCAAGCUCUAAAGCCCACUUGCUUAUCCCUGGAUUUAAGAGGUAACAGGAUUCUGUACUUGAGAGAUGCCAGCGUUGGUCUCAUCUUCCACAUCCCUGUGUCUGCAAGCAAAUGCUAAGAAUAGAGGGUGCAGGCUUAAGUACAGCGAAUCAGAUAGCAAUGAUUUCUCUUAUUAUUCAAUAAACAAUAAUCCCUUCAUGCAUCUUUGCAAUGGAAGAAUCAGGAGCUCCAUUCAGGAGCUCAGUAGAACAGAUGUAUGACUGCAGAUGUCUUCUGGUCUGUCACAUUGGCUGCAGAUGAAGCAGUGCUUGUUGAGGGCAGGCAGAUGUGGCCAAGAGCAGAGCCCUGGCAGUGAGGGGGGGGAAAUGGGGCAGGAAUGCAAUGAACACAUGGCCCUGGGCUGUGCUGUGCUUCUGCCAUCAUCCCUGGUACGAUGCCCAGGGGGAGUGGUGACAUCUCAUAGGAUGCAAGAGAUGCUUUGCUAUUGCAUCCCAUGCUUCACCAAAUGGAUGAAGGGUUGCAGUAAUGGGGAGCAGAGCUGGUUAGCUGUCCUUGUGCCACAUGGAAACCCAUGCUGUGGCCACCUGGUGCCACACUGGGCUGCAGCCAGAGGCAGCAUAUCUCCCCAAGCAGUGCUGAAAGCACCAAUAAGAUCAGGGUGUUCUGCACUGUGUGUUCCUAUCGAUGUAUGUGUGACCUAAACUAAAGUCAUGUUUAUUUAAGUGCAGAUGGAGCUGCUCACAUCCCUCUCUAAUUACCAAUGAGUCAAGCAGCCAGGAAAAAAUUAACAGACAAAAAAGAUAAUUCUUUUAUUUUAGUUUCAGUAACUCUGCUCAUGGAAAAGCUGUGCUGUUACUGCCAGCAGAUGGCUGAGCAGGGGCCUGGGGCUUAAAGCUUUCUGUCCUGGCAGCAUCUGGUUGUGGUAGAUCUGUGCUCUGCCAAUGUGUCAAUAAAAGGGUUGAGGAUUCCCCUAUUCCUGUGUGGGCUGGGAGGACAUGGAGGCUUUGCCCAGGUCCCUGACUGCUCCCCAUGUCCCUGCAGAAGGGCUGAGCUCUGUGUGAGUUAUGGGAGGGUUUCCACUGUUCCACCAAUUUGGCUGCAUCUGUGAUGCUGCAUCCCCUCCCAGCUUUCCAAAGCGGCUGCUGGCAGCCAGCAGCACUCUGCAGAGCGGCAGGAACUGCUGCGAUGGGGUCUGGAGAAGGAGGGAAGCACCCAGACACCUCGAGCUGCUGGGCUCGUGCUGCAGUGCAGGGAUCCAUACAUCCUGCACUGCUCCUGGCUCUGCUGUGGCUCCUUGGCAUGCCGACGGCUCAUGGUGCCUGUGGGCCCCCACCUCCCAUGACCCACUCCCAGCCCUCCGGCGUUGAGCAGCUCAGCAGCUUCCCUGUAGGCUCCAGGGUGACCUACACGUGUCUGCACGGUGCUAUCAGGAUCCCCGGGGCGUUGGACACGGUGCAGUGCCUGCCUGGCUCAUACUGGUCGGAGCUGCGAGAUCCCUGUGGAUUGAGCUGCGCUACCCCGACCUCAGUGCACUUUGCUGCCCUGUCCGAGGUGGAUGAGAUGAUCAAUUUCUAUCCUGUUGGGUUCACUGUGAGCUACGUCUGCCGCCCUGGUUAUGAGAACAUCUCAGAAAGCCAACCCACCAGCACCUGCCUUGAGAGCCUGACGUGGUCAGAGGUCCCGGAGUUAUGCCAGACUGGACAUUAACAUAUGCAUGGGACAAGCGCCAACUUGCAGGGAGGAUUUCUAGCAUUGAAGACCAAGCAUGUUCCCUAAUGAAAUCCAUACAGCAUUAAGAAGGAUGGUGUGGCAGCUGUAGGUUCCUUACAGCCGAGUGCCCCACAGCCAAAGCACUGCAAUGGAUGCUCACUCUGCUCUUCUCCCUGCAGGGAAAUCCUGCGGUCCCCCAGAGGCCCCACCUGCAGGGAGGAUCCUCCAACCCACAGAUUUUCUGUUUGGCACAUAUGUGAACGUGCUCUGCGAUGAGGGGUGAGUCCUGAGGCAGCGCUGGUGUUGGAUCACAGCUCUGCUGGUGCUCGUGCAUGGAGCUGCAGCUCUGGGCUGGGCUGCUCUCUUGCAGCUGUCCCUGCUGCAGUGCUUUGGUGAUGAGUGCUUUUCCCUUUUGAAUUCCAGCUUUGGGCUGGGAAGGGAUGAGGCGUAGCUGGAGUGAGCUGGCUGGGCCCUGGGU